UAUAAGGGUGUCAGCAUGCUGUGGUGACAGGCACACACACUCUCCUCUUCCGCUGGAUCUUCACCCCUCUUUUUGAUCAUCCAACAGGUCAUUAUGUCCACCAACGCCUCCGUUGUCUGCAACGACACCAGACAACCUGACGUCUUCCAUGUGUGCAUGUACUCCUUUAUUUUCAUUCUGGGUCUCGUUUUUAAUGUCCUUGCACUGGUCUUUUUCUGCUGUCAAACCAAAUCCAGAUCGCAAACCAUUGUCUACAUGACUAACCUGGCCUUAGCAGAUGUGCUGCUCACCCUCACACUGCCCAUGAGGAUCUAUUACCAUCUAGGCUAUUGUGGCCUUCCUGAGAUGCUGUGUGAAGUCCUUGGUUUGGUCCUGAAGGCCAACAUGUAUGGGAGCAUCUUCCUUCUGACGUGCAUGUGCUUUGACCGUUGCAUGGCCGUCUCCUUCCCUAUGUCAUCUCGUGUCCAGGCAGGGAGAAAGAAAGCGCCGCUGGUUUGUCUUGGAAUAUGGAUGCUCACCUUCGGGGCCAGCUUGCCCAUCUACAUUAAGCAAACAAACGUGAUCCAUGAUGAGAAUUGUUUUAAUAGAUUUCCGACCUUUGCCACAAAGCCAGUGGUGGUUGUACCCACUCUGUUAGUGGGGUUUGGGAUCCCGCUAGUAAUCAUGCUGAUCUGUUCCUGGGGUUUGGUCCGUGCUGUCCGACGAAGCUCAGUGGCCCAGACCAACCUGGUGGACAGCAGAAAGAUCCAGAGGAUGAUUGCCGCCAGCCUCUUCAUUUUCCUACUCAGCUUCCUCCCUUACCACGCCACCUUGGGUCUCCUCUCUGUGUAUGGACAAAAUACACCAUCGCCAAUGAAAGCUGCAUACCGCUACAGCCUAAUGUUGGCAUGUCUCAACUCAGUACUAGAUCCCAUUGCGUACUACUUCACCACGGACACCUUCCGGAGGAACAUAGACAUAGGUGCUGUUUGGAGGAUGUUUCCUUUGAAUAGUCAAAGUUCUGAUGUGAACAACAGGAGCAAUAUGCUUAACAGCUAAAAGACUGCUGGAGAACCACCCAACAGACACUGCCAUCCAACAAACUCCAAGGCCGACUGUCAACAACACAACUUGUUUUUUUUUACUUCAUUUUGCUUAGUUCCACUUUUUAAGAUUAAGCUGGCAGAUUUCAUGUUUCCAAUGAACAUAUUCCGCCUGCAAUCUUCUGUAGUUUUAGGGUUCAGUAUGAGGUAUAUGUCGGUGCCACCACACAAAAAGGGCCGCCCUCUGGAGUGUCCACAAGCUAAAAUGUUGCCCAAC